AUGAUGGGCUCGGCGGCAGCACCCCCCAAGUCACAGUCCCAGCGACAGCUUGUCCCUCAGCUUCGGCUUCUGUACGCCCACCUCCUGGCCUGGAGCAUUUGGGCCCAAUGUCGUCAGAAUGUGCCGGCCAACAGCUUUGACCAGUCUCGUGCAAGGCGUGAGCGUGCACCGAGCGACAAGCCCCGUCCGGUGGGCAAGGUGACUGCGGCCAUGUGCAAGCAGUGGAGGAAGGCACCCAAAGUUCCGCAAUAUGGCUUCGCAGCAACCUUUGUUCCUGGUGUUUGGGGCAGCACCCACAUCGAUUCCGCAAGCUGCAGAUCACAUGCGGGAAUGAGACGCAGAUGGGCGGUGUCACCAGCGGUUCCAGUCGCGAUUGUAGAAGGUCACCAACCAUAA